UCGACUUCAGAGAGCUCCCCAAGUAUCUCACCAGCAAGGACCACAGAACAAAAUGCAGGGAGACAACGCACAUCCUCUGCUGCAGCAGACGGCGCUCAGCGUGAACCCGUUCAUCCACUUGCCGAAAGCACCAACCCUCCCACACAACUAUGCUUCGCUGCCGAGUACGCUUCCGCCUUCCAUGCUCAAUUCACCGGCAGUCGCUUCGAAUCCAGAAUUACCGGCAUACGUGACAUCAUCAACAGGUUUCGCAGCACACCCGAAGACGAUCAUUGCACAGAACAGGUCAUUGCUGGAGCAGAUCGAGAAGCAGCGCACAGAUGCAGAGCAAGAAGUCCGGGCAUGGGAACAGAAGAUCAAAGAUCGAGAACUAGCUGAGAAGAGGAAGAAGGCUCCCGGCUAUCUGGACACUGAGCAAUAUAUCCUGCAGCCUGAGAAGUCGACAGCACGGUCGCCUGCGGCAGCUAAUGUCAACCUCAUGGAUGAACCUACCCAGUAUGCGAAGCAAGACAAGCAAGUCGACGACCUGGGAGACGCGAUGGAUCGUGCUUUUGGUAGGAGCGAGCUUGGCUGAAUUCGCUCGCACGCGUGGUCUAUUGUCACCAGAGGACUCGAUCACGUUGAAAACCCACCGUCGAGGGUCAACUGUACUCGAAAACGCGUGAUACCCUUGAAGAAAUGAUUUG